GAUUUAAGGCAUAGUAAACUAUUUAUCCGUGAUAUGGCGCGAGAUUAGGAGAUGAGGACCGAAGAGGAAGAGGAAGAGUGAGAGUGUGAGAGAGCGAUUAGUUUACCUCUAGGGUUCUGUCGUUUCGAGCCAGCAAACUAGAACGCACUGUAAGUCCCCCACCAAAAUUUUUCUUCUUCAGCGUCUUCAAUGUCGUGCUAUUUCAAAGGGUUUCACGUCGGCUUUUUGUUUAAGUUGAUGUAAAAAAAAUAAAUAAAUAAAUAAAGGUUCUAUUGAUUGGGGAAAAACAAAUUUAAUAAAUUCCUAUGUUCUUAUCAAAAAUAAUAAAAAUACUGGGUUUUGCUGCAUAUUAUCUCAUUGUUGCCCAAAAUGGAUAUUUUAAGUUUUUCUUCUUCAGCGUCUUCAAUGUGCUAUUUGAAUGGGUUUCACGUCGGUUCUUUGUUUAUUUUGAUGCCCAAAAAAAAAAAAAAAAAAAAAAAAAGCAAGUAAAUAAAGGUGUUAUCGAUUGGGGAAAAUAAAUUUUAGGUUUUCAAUGCUGGGUUUUGCUGCAUACUUUCUGGUUGUUGCCAAAAUGGAUAUUUUAUUAUUAUUUUUUGGCCCAAAAUGGAUACUUGAUAGGAAUGUAAUUUGUUCAAGAAAAUAUUUUCGCUUUUCUUUUUUUUUCUUUUUAUUUCUUUUGGUAGGUGUUUUUGUUUCUCUGAUUGGGAAUGGGAAGUAUGGGAGAAGGUGAGCUAAGUGAAGAACUUGAAUUUGCGUGGGGAAGGAAAAGUGGACGUGGUGGGUUAAACAAAGGGUGUCAAUUUUACAAGUCUUUUAGAUAUGAUGGUUUGGAGUAUUUGCUAUAUGACUGUGUUUACCUGUAUAAAGACGGCGAGCCCGAGCCGUAUAUUGGUAAAAUCAUAAAAAUUUGGGAGCAUUAUGAUAGGUCAAGGAAAGUGAAAGUGCUUUGGUUUUUCCGCCCUUGUGAGAUUUCAAACUAUAUUGGAGAUGAAGUAAAAGUUGUUGAGAACGAGUUAUUUUUGGCAUCUGGGAAUGGUGUUGGCCUUACAAACAUCAAUCCUCUGGAAGCUAUUGCUGGAAAAUGUUAUGUUAUUUGCACUUCAAAGGACCGCAGAAAUAUUCAACCAUCAGAUGAAGAGGUUCAAAUGGCAGACUACAUAUUCUACCGAACCUUUGAUGUUAAGCAAUGUAAAAUCAUUGAUGAGAUGCCUGAAGAAAUUAGUAACAUCGAUAUUACAUUUCUACUUAACCAAAUGCCUCUUCAGAGACCUGGUAGUAAUAUUGGUGCUUUUCAGAAACCUGCCGGUAACGUUGAUGCUCUUCAGAAACCUGGCAGUAUUGUUGAUUCUCCUCAGAAACCUGGUGGUAUUGUUGACGCCACUGUGGUUCCAUCAGACAAAAACUUGCCUAAGGAAAAUCCGGCUGUAAAGACAGAUCAAACAUGUAAUGAAUUGGAUGAUAGACCUUCAAAGAAGGCAAAACUUCAUAGUUCCUAUGAGAGCAAGGAUUGCAUCCAGAAAGUAAGACUAAUCUCUGAUGGGAAUGAUACCAAGUGUUUAGAACUAAAACUUGACAGUUCCUACAAGAGCAAGGAUUGCAUCCAGAAAUUAAGAAUAAAAUCUGAUGGGGAUGAUACCAAGGUUUUAGCACCAACUGCUCCUUAUACUGAUGAUGCCAAGGUUUCAGCACCAUCCAAGAAGCGGAUGCCCAAUGAAAAGACAACAAUGGUUUCUGAUGGAAAGUUGACUAAAGAAUCUGCCAUAUGGUCUCAGCAUCAGAAUCAUAAAAUUGAUGGCCCAGAAUUGGAAGUUACUAGAAGGCCACAAGCUGACAAAAGCAAAUGGUUUGCGGAAGUGGGAUCUUGGGAAGACAGAUUGCGAUAUGCACAUCAGCAAGGAAGACUUGUUCUGCUCCAGAAUUUGGAUCCAGCUUACACUUCAGCAGAGGUGGAGGAUAUUGUGCAUCAAGGCUUCAACGAAAGUUGCAAAGCAAAAAUGAUUCAGCGCACUGCAUUUUCAAGUCCUCACUCAGGCCAAGCUUUUGUUGUAUUCAACACAAGGCAAACUGCAGAGGCUGUUGUUAAAAAAUUAGAGGAGGGCUGUUUGUUAUUGUCAAAUGAGAGGCCCCUUCUUGGCAAAAUGGGAACUCCUUGCUUCCCCGAAAAGAAGCCAAAAUUUUUUGGCCAUAUUGUUAUUGAUAAGCUUCGAUCGCAAAUGCCACGAGAGAUGAAGGAUGCUAUAUCUACUUCACACUGUUCUCAGCCUAACACACUUGAAUAUGAUAUGGCCUUGGAAUGGUGUUUAUUGCGAGAAAGAUUGGACCUUGCAUUGAAGAGGUUCUAUAAGGAACAAGGGUUACAGAUGAGAAAAUUAAUGGGAAAACUGAAGUCCAAAAAAUCACUAAGAUUGUGAUGUUGUUUUUGAUUUCUGUUAUGCUUGUCAUCGUGUACAAAACAGAAGGCAUCCUCUUUCUUGCAGCUUUGUUAUCAGAAUUCAUCAAUCUUAUUGAUGUAUAUAUAGUUGAUGGUCUCAAAAACCCAGAUCUUAACUUUUUGUUCUUUUUUCAUACCUUAGAAGUCUCUUACCAAAUGUUUUUACCCUUAGAAAAGUUGGGAGAACAUGAGUUGGGUUUUUGCAGUUUGUCUUUUCGUAUGCAUCUAUUUGGUGUGUACAAUGUGUACGUGUACUACACUUAUUUGACAAAUACAAUGUGUAGUUAGGAUGCAAGGUGAAUAGUUGAAGAGAUGAAGUGUACUAAGCCUGAAAUAGAGAAUCAAAAUGGCAAGAUAGACGAUCUUUUUCAAGUAAAUCUGAGUCACAUUUACCUGUUUAAUACUUUCUUGGCUUGUUCAAUAGAAUUCAAUAAUGAGUUUUAAUAA